AUGUUUGCGGUCGUGGCAGCCGAGGCUUUGUCUUUCGAGCCCGGCAGCAUGACACGUGCCGAGCGCGAUCUUCGAAUCUUCGUGCAUGACCUCUUGUUUUUCGGGCAUGACAAGGAUUAUCGUUGCCUCGCCGCCUUCCCGCCUUCUCUCGCCCAGACGCUAGCUUUAUCCAUUGUCCGUUUGGACUCGUGGGGGCGCCCCGCCGUGGAAACUCUGUUGGGGGCUGCUGCCGAUGCCCGGCAACCGCGAGUUGCUUGGCUUCUUGUUUACGAAGGCCAUAUGCGUCUUCUUAUUCCUAGCUCUCAGGCUAUGCCUGCUUCCACCCGUAGCAUCGUUAUGCACGGCUGGGAAGUGCACUUGGAGGCUGCUUCUGUCGCCGGUGCUACGCUGGUGCCGCCGGCCAAAUGUCCUCGAUGCGAAGUUGAGGAACUGCGGCGCACUGGGCUGUCCACGAGUGUCUUGGGCUUGUAUCCUGUACCGGCGCCGCCUCAGCGGGCCGGUUUGGCUGGUUGGGAGCCCUCCUCGUCUUCCGACAUCGUUGACCCCGCUCUCUCUCCUCGCUGCGUCGGCUCGGAUCCGCGUCCGGUGGUUUAUGAGCUGUGUCUGGGCCCGCUUCCCGCGCUCCGGUGCCUUUCCGUCGGCGCAUCGUACGCGCUUCUGGGGCCGGCUGAAGGGCAUGACGUACGGCGCGCCUCGGUGCGUGCCAGCCUCAUUCACUUGUUGGCGUCGGCGGCCCCGGCGCAUUUCGUUGUUUCGCUCCCUUCCGCGGAGGUUGCCUCCGCUGCGCGCUUUGCCGCCGCCGAUCAUUCUGCCCCUCUGCUCGCUUUUGUGGCCCUCCUGCUUCAGCAGCAGCGCCAGCGCGGGGGGGAGGCGUCCUUUGUGCACCCUCUCACCGGUCGAGGCUGGCGCCAUGUUGAGCUCUCCGCUGUGCUGGCUGGCUUCGUGCGUGUUCGCUUGCCCCCGUCGGCGUUUGGCUCGCUUCCUUCGCUUCUUGCGACCUCCUCUGGUGUCGUCGCGCAGCAGUUGGCCACUUCCGGUGUCAUUUCGCCGCCGGCGCGGAGCGGGCCUCUUUCGGGGGGGGGGGGGGGCGGAGCGUUCGCAGGCUGCUCCAACCCCGGGUCUCCCUACGAGCAGAAGGAGGGAUCGCUGGUAGGAGAGGAACCUUCGAGGGUAGGGAGGUCCAAGGACGAAGGGGAGUUGCCGCAGUACGUCAGAGACGGACCUUUGGGGCCCAAUCCGGAGCCAAUCGUUUCGGAGGCUGCCGCUGCUUAUCUGGAUGAGAUCGAAAAGCACCCCGACUAUAGCAAGCAAGGCCUCAGGGAAGUAGCUUCGUUUGGAUCCCGUCUUCUGAAAGUCGCAGGGGGAUGGCAAGAAGCCAUCCGGGCAAUGAAGCGAGAGUACCUGCUUCGACAUGGGGAUCAUUUCGCUGGCCUGCACACCCCUGAACUGGAGGGAUUGGUCCCUGCGCCUUUAUUGGAGAGGGCGAGACGUACAGCGAUAUGGGGAGUGGACGCAAAGGUCAAGGCCCCGGUUGCUUCACGCCUGAAGUGCGCCCCGUACCCAAGCCUGAAAGCCCACCUGGACGACGCGGCCCUUCAGAUUUGGAAAGAUGUCACAAGGGGGCGAGUCCUCGUGUGCCAUGACAAGGGAGAAGGGCUGGAAGGAGUGGUGUCGGUGCCUAUGGCAAGAGUCCCAAAGAUGAUGCCGGAAAGCAGUGCUGCUCAUGGCAAUGACAAGUCAGAGGACCUGGCCGAGUCCGCGUCGGAAGGCGCGGGCUCGGUGCUUACAUCGCAGAUGUCAUCUGGGAGUGAGGACGAAGGCCGAGAGGAACAGGAUGUAGAUGUCACCGGAUCACCGACGAUGACGAUGUUUGAUUGCGCACGGUUGUAUUUGGAAGCUUCUGGCCUCACCGGUGCGGCUAUCUGCCCGCCGCAUGGACGUGAUAGGUACCUGGUUUCAUCGGCGUGCUCCGGAGCAGGGUCGGACAUUUGCACUGAGAUCGGGGCCGACUUUGAGGAAGUGCUGGCUUCUGAAAGUGACAGAGCAGUCCAAACAGUGAUGUUAUCCAGCUAUGAGUGCCACUUGGCCGCCACUUAUUCACCGAUUGCUCCGGUGGCUAUGCAGGCUGAUGAUGGUGUGGUCGACUUGGUUCAGGAUAUCUUCGUGGCAGGCCCGCCAUGUCAGCCGUUUUCCAAGCUGAGCUCAGCACGACGUGGCUUGCACUAUGACCCAUUCAAGAACGACCCGAAUGCAAGGAGGCCAGAUUUGAACUUGAUGGGACUGGUAGCAGGCAUUCGGCAUGUGGUGGCAUGCUCAGAAAAUCAACUUCCCACGGAGGUUCCUCAAUUCCAGUCUGCAUGGCCGUCGCAAUGCACCGGAGAAUUCUUCGACACGUACAAGGACUCAGUGGCAGGGAUCAGGAGUGGGGACUGUGUGCGAGUACGCAACAUUGCGGCGCUAUGCCACUGUUUGAUUUGUGGGCAGGAGGGCGACGACACCUGCGCUCGCGUAGCCCUUCAGGCAGCUAUGAAGCUUGACCCAGACAAGGCUGCUUGCGCAGCUUUUCAGAAAGAGAACUUUGCUGGGAGACAAGCUGUCAAAAGCUGGUGGAAUAUUUUCGAAGAGAUACCUGUAGAGAAUACCACUUUUCAGAAGAAGGACCAAGAUCGGCGCAGGGCCAUUUGGUUGUACUUCGUCAGUGUUGCAGCGGCACUGAAGAAGUUGUUCUUGGGCAGUGGCAAUGAUGGCGAGGCAGAUUUCGCCAUGGCGGAGGAUGUGCCAUGCAUUUCACUCGUGCUUUCCUUGAACACUUGUGAUGAUACAAACAUCAAGAUGCUUCGUGCGCACAAAGCUUCAGCCGAGAUCCGGUCUGUGAUGGCCAACAUUCAACAGUACGUCGUUCUCAAGGAUUGGAAUCAGGCCACUGACAACAGCGUUCCGAAGUGGUUCUUCUUGCACCAGCCCAUGGUAACACUGCAUCGUGCUACGGCAGUCCACUUGGCCAAACAGUUUUUGUCCUGGUUGCUCGCAUUUUGUGGCGAUGUUGGUCAUCGCUGGACUGCAUGGGGUGUCCCUCAGGACAUCUUUCGCUUUGUUCGUCGGCAUGUUUUCGUCAUGAUAUGCGACGCAUUGAAGACAAACGAUUCCGUGUUUAAGGAGCUUUGUGGCAAGAUUCGGCACCACUGGGCUCAGCAGAAAGACGGCAAGUCGGUGGCAUUGCAAAUCCAUUGUGGAAUCCAUCAAAUCAGCCUCACUCGACGUACAGUCGCCCUGGGUUUCACAGGGUACUGGUCCACAUUGGUUCGUCUUGGACACCUUUUUGAAUCCCACUCAUUCAGGGCGCGUUUUCACACGGCAAUGGCCAAGGUCGUGCAUGAGAACUUCAUGUACUGCCAUGUCGAAUCUUUGCCUGACCAGGUGCUGAAUUGGAAAAAUGCUACCAUAAAGCACUUGCGCAUCUCUCUGGCUCGGCCUAAGCGCAUGAAGAAGCUGGUGCACCACUUGAUAAAGGACAACGGCGACCCCACAUCACCACAGAUUGUUCAUUGGUGCCUUGGUGCGGACUGUUGUCCCGGCGGGGAGAAGGAAGCUCUUGCGACGAUCAUGCAAAGCUUCCAUUCGCUUUUCGACCGUCUGGUGGUGCCGCUCCUGUACCGCUGGAAACACGCGGAAGAGGCGAACACCUUCGUGCGCGAUGGGCUGUACUUGCAUGGCAUUCUCCCCAAGACCUUGGCAGCGCCCAUACCAGGCCAGACUGACAAGAUUCUGGAAAGGAUUGAGCAGUGGGCUGACACUGUUCAAUCCGGCCGUGCUGACGCUGAAGAUGCCGAAGCUUUGAGUCGCAUGGUGGAGGAGCUUUUGGACAACGAAACCUCGUAUGCCGAAGAGAAUGCCAAGCGUUUGCGAUUGGUUACACAAGCCCUGACAGAACCAAGCUUUGAACCAGCCGCGAACAUCAUUGAUCUGCUCAUGGAACCGCUCGAUGCAGGAAUCAACAAACUCUUGAAAAGAACCACGCAGCUGAGACAGCUGCGGUUCCAGGAUACUAAGGAUGGCGAAUCACUGCAAGGUCUCAAGAAGGAGUGUCAGGAGUUGUUUCUGUCGUGGAGCAGCGGAGACUUUGGGCGAAACAUGAUGGCCGGUUUUCUCAAAAAUCUUGCAUCCUUUGAUCUGGCAGAUUACCUUCGAGCAAGUGCGGACACGACAACGCCAGAGACCUUCUUUCAGUUGACAGUGUUCAGUCUGUCAGACACAUGGCGCCGUUUUGUCCUGGCCGUGCAAUCUCUCCCAUGGCUUCUUUUUUCCUUGGUUGCAUGCGAGGAUCCGGACUUCAUCGCAAGGUGGGACGAGUUCUGCCAGGUUUUCAGGAAAUGCCCAGACUGCGUGGAUGCAGGCUUCAGUGCCCUUCUUCUGGGCUUUGGGCCAUUGGCAGGGGUUGAACCUUCAAUCCGCAUUCAAUUUGCCAGAGAUGUGCGAGGCCUGCUGCUGAGCAUUGCAACCUUCUGUCCUUUGGCUACUGAUUCGGUUGAGAAUGUACAUGGGCAGAAUCAGUUCAAUCAGUUCACUUGGCGUGGCACGCCAAAGACAAGCACAUCUGCGAGCGAGGUGUCCAUACUGUCUCGUCUGAAGAUUGAACACGCACACCUCAAAUCGUUGGUGUUGGCAAAAACCAUGCCCAGCAAGAGGGUCAUGGCAGACAUGCAGAAAUCAUUUGGCUGCACCAAGAAGAGGUCACAGCCUCGGCCCAUUGCGAGCCCGAAGAAGCGGUUGGCAGCGGCAAUAGACCGCGAGCCCAGAAGGCUCUCUGCAUGGAAUAUGUUCAUGAGGGAAAAACUGCAAGCAGCAGGACCUCUGAGCCAAGCGGAGUACAGUGCCCUGCAGAAGGCAACCUCUCGGGAAUGGAGGGCUUUGGAAGACAAGAGGCCAUACAUUCUGCAGGCUGAGUACGAGCAGUCUUGCAGAGACGAGCUGGCCAGUCGGCCCCUGUGGGCUGCUUCUGAGGCUCACAUGGGGCGGGAGCACCAAGAAUCUCAGGGUGCGGAUGAAGCUGCAGCCGCAGCCGUUCAAGGUGUUCUUCCCCAGCAGCAGACUGUCGAGGUCUUGCAGUACACCUCAG